UCUGAAGCCUGAGGGUUGCAACAAAGACACGUGAUCAAAGACUAACUCACAGCAUUAACGUUCAUGUCUCAGCGAUUCAGACCCUCCACGUCCUACAGCACCUCUGCGUCGACAUCGUACGGCUACGGAUAUGGUGACUAUAAUACGACUACAACCUCACGUCCAGGAACCCGUCGAGGUACCGGCAGACCUUCGACUGCUCGCCCAAGGACCGGUGCAUCUACAAUUGCCAGGAUCGAAGCUCAGCAUGUCGUCUGUGCUGUUGCCGAGUCUCGUGGCAUCUCACCUACAGUCGGCUUAGCCUUCGUCAACCUCGACACGGCAGAAGCAGUGCUUUGCCAGAUCUGUGACAGCCAGACUUAUGUUCGAACAGUCCACAAGUUGAAAGUGUAUGCGCCUUCAGAGAUCCUAAUCGUCUCAACCGCAGCCAGCCCGAAGUCGAAGCUCUUCUCUAUCAUUGAAGAAAAUCUUGAAGAUAUCGAUAGCAAGCUGACCUUGCUCGACCGCCGUUACUGGGCUGAAUCUACAGCAUACGAGUACAUACAAUCUCUCGCCUUCAAAGAAGAUGUUGAAGCCAUCAAGAUCUCGGUCACUGGCAACUACUACGCAGUGUGCUGCAUUGCAGCUGCCCUCAAGUACAUUGAUUUGGGUUUGGGAAUGGUAUUUUCCUUCCACUCUCUAAGAAUGAGAUAUGAACCUUCAGAAGGGUCGAUGAUGAUCGAUGUGUCCACCAUCUACUCGCUUGAACUCGUCCAGAACCUGCAGAACUCCAGAUCAAGGGAUUGCUUAUUUGGACUUCUCAAUGAAACCCUCACCCCAAUGGGAGCGCGCCUUCUUCGAAACAACGUCUUACAGCCGCUCACUGACCCAGAAGUGCUAAACAUACGCUAUGCUGCCGUGGAUGACUUGACUAAGAAAGAGGAGCUGUUCUUCGCAACUCGGGCAGCAUUGAAAAACUUCCUCGACGCUGACAGAAUUCUUACUGCGCUGAUCGUCACACCGAGCAAGUCCACUCUACAAACGACCGAGCAGGCUAUAAACCAAGUCAUCAUGCUGAAGCAGUUUGUGAGCUCCGUGAAUCCCGUCUUCAAGGCUCUCACUGGAACAGCAUCGACUAUGCUGAACAACAUUCGUGAGCUGUGUGCUCCUGUGAACGUGGCACCUAUUCAAGAAUUCAUCAAUCGCGUUAUCAACGAAGACACCACCUACGCUAGGCAGCCUCUUGAGCUCAGAAACCAACGCACCUAUGCCGUCAAGUCCGGUGUCAACGGCCUCCUCGAUGUCGCCCGCACCACGUAUAAAGAAGCAACAGAAGAUGCGUAUCAGCACUGUACCGAACUGGGCCAGGAGUACGGCAUUCAGCUUGACAUGAAGUAUGACAAUGCCCGACAGUUUUACAUCAAGAUUUCGAAAUCCGAGCUUGAAGGAAGAAUACUGCCACCCAUCUUCACUAAUAUCCUUCGUCGCAAAAACCACAUUGAGUGUCAGACACUUGAGCUGAUGAAGCGCAAUCAAAAGAUCAACGUGUCUCAUCAGGAAGUGAUCUUAAUGAGCGACCAAGCUGUCGAGACUCUCAUUGAGGAAGUCCGCAGCCACAUGUCAGUCAUGUUCAAGAUUUCCGAAGCGAUCGCUUUGCUAGACAUGAUCUCUUCCUUUGCGCACCUUGUUACAGUGAACAACUACAUUCAACCACAACUCACUGAUACACUUGGCAUCGAGGCUGGACGUCAUCCGGUCAAAGAGAAAAUUAUGCAAACCAAGUUCGUCCCCAAUGACGUCUACGCUACUCAGCAGACGCGUGUUCCUGCUACCUACGCGUCAUUUCCGAUCCUGCACCAGCUAUUUGCGAGACUCGGUAUGGAUGACAACAUUGAGACGAACGUAUCCACCUUUGCGGCAGAGAUGAAGGAGAUUGCCUUCAUAUUGCGCAAUGUCGAUCGGCGCAGCCUGGUCAUUAUCGAUGAGCUAGGUCGGGGCACUAGUACGAGAGACGGUUUAGCCAUCGCUAUGGCAAUUGCGGAAGCUCUCGUCUCAAGCAGAGCUCUAGUCUGGUUUGUAACGCAUUUCAAAGAUCUUGCAACCAUGAUGAGUGCGCGUGCCGGAGUGCAAAAUCUACAUUUGGCUGUCGAGAUGGAGAAUGAGAAAAGCAUGACGAUGCUCUACAGAGCAAUCCUAGGUGUUGUCAAACAGUCUCACUAUGGCCUAACACUGGCUCGCGUAGUCCCACUUCCACCAGGCGUAAUCGAACACGCUACAUACGUCGCAGAAAAGCUCGAACGUCACAUGCUACGAAGGAAAAAGGCAUCAGAGACUGUGCUUAGGGAGAAGCGCCGCAAGCUCAUACUUAACCUCAAGGAGCAUCUUGUCCAAGCGCACAACGGUGUGCUAGAAGGUGGAGUCCUCACCGCAUGGCUCAAAGAGCUACAGAAGGAGUUCAUCAACCGUAUGACCGCUCUGGAGGUCGAGGCAGCAAGUGCACGUCAGGAGAGCGACAGUGAAGAUGAUGGAAUAGCAGAUGGAAGCGAGCACGACGAAGAACGAUUAAGCACGUCUGCUAGUCAGCCUUCAGUCAUAACGAUCGAUUCGCACAUCACUUCGUCCGAGUCCGAGUCCACCAUUCGAACCAUGUCAGAGGCCUCUACGGUCCGAGCGGUGUCUGACAAUGAGCGGUAGGGGGGCUCUACAAUGGAAAUAUCACAACACCGUGGGCACACCUUAACGCAAAUUUUCGUUUCGCUUCAUGAGCAUUUUCGGGC